AUGGUUUAUUUACAUUUCCCUUCUAAUUUAACUGAAGAAGAGUUAAUGCUACAAGCUAAAUAUCAAAAGCUGAAAAAGAAAAAGAAGGCUUUGCAAGCAUUAAAAGCGCCUAAACAAGAACCUGAAAAGCCCAUAUUACCAAAGCGGCCUACCGAAGCCCGGGAUGCUCGAGAAAUAGCACGCAAGCUAAUAAAGAGUGGAGCUAUUCAAGCUAUCAAGAGUCCGCCACCACAGCCACAGAAUGCUACGUUCAAACGCCCUAGGGCAGGUGCGUUCAGCAGGGAGAGGAAGCUGAGUGGAUCUGCUAGUGCUGCGGGAGGUGUGGCGUCCUACCAACCAUUCAGUGCUUCACAGGAACCACCACCUCCUGAAGAGAAGCAGACUCCCCGUGUCAAGUAUCUUUAUGACUCAUUUGUGACUGCCAGAGAGAAUCCUCGAGAUGAGAAGUCACCUCGCACUCCUCAGCCCGCUGGCAGUGAGACACCAGGUCCACCACCUCCUACUGGAAGCAGGAGUUCAGUACUCCUGGUGGUAGGUGCACGCAUCUCAGAGGAAACCAUCAGAAGAAGGCUGGCCACUUAUGAACCUUUCUCGUUUACACAAGAACCUGAUGAUGAUAAAGCAUUCCUGUCGUUUGAAACACCGGAGAUCGCAUCUCAAGCUCUGACGUCCUUGGACGGUUUGGAGGACGGAUGGCGUAUCUCAAUAGCGCGCGGCCGACCACCGACGCAGGCGCCGGGUUGGACUCCGUCACCUUCACCGCGUAACCCACCAGCACCUAAGGACGCUAAACGGACUCUUCUCACAUACGACGAUAUCUUUGAUUAA